GAUUUAAAUGACUUUGAUGACAGAUAUCUUGAAGAUGAAUUGGAUAGAACACACUUUUUUUUUUUGGAAGGAGUGCAAUUAACUGAUAUUUUAGAAGUCCGAAAACUUUGUUGUCUUACCAAAUCUUACAAGCAUUAUGUUGUGCUCAUGUUUGCGACAAAAUUCAAUAUUGGUCUUAUUUCCAAGCGAUGGUAUCAAGAAGAUAUUCAAGAUCAGAAUAUUCAACAAGAUGAAACUGUAGAAAUUCUUAAGGCACCAGAUACAUUCACAAUUGAAGUUAGACAACGUGUGCUAAGAAAGAAUGAGUUUAUAGAUAUGAUUAAUGGAUUUAUUGACCACAAGAAAAGUACCAUUAAUGAAACUGAUGAAAUGCAACGGCGUGGUCAUCCAUCACAAAAACGUAUCAAGUCAUCAUUUGAAACCAAUUCACAAAACACUAAAAAUAGUGCGAUUAAUCCUUCUGAUCCAAAUUUAUUUGUGCGGCAACAACAUUUUCAGCAAACUUCGUCAAGAACUCCUCUUCGUGUUCUCAAUACUAACAACAUUGAAGAAAACAAUAAUCUAUGCUAA